AUGAGUCUCAAGAUACCCGACGAGAUUAAGUACAUUACACCCUAUGUUCAACGUGGACAAGAAGUAGCAUCAAGAGAUCCGGUUGUCUCAUACUAUGCCCAAUAUUAUGCUGCUAAGCUUGCCAUUGCUCGAGGACCAAGAACAAAAGAAACGACAGACUACUUGUCUCAUCUACUUGACGCUUUAGAAACACAAAAACAAGCCAUUGGAGCCAACGAAGCCAUCACUGACGACUUGGUAGGCUAUGCUCACGUUGAGAACUUUGCUCUCAAAAUCUUCAUCAACGCAGACAACGAGGAUCGUGCUGGCAAAUCAAGCAAAAAAACCGCCAAAACGUUUCUUGCAGCAUCCAUCUUUCUAGAACUUUUAAAGACAUUUGGUGAAUUAGAUCCAGAGACAGAGGCAAAGAUCAAAUAUUCUAAAUGGAAAGCUGCUGAUAUUAUGAAGGCUCUGCGUGAAGGACGUGUGCCAACGCCAGGACCACCUGGAGGCAUUGAGCAAGAGAAUGAGGAUGUAGAGAUGAAACAAGAACAACAAAAACCUGACGAGCAGGAACAAUCACACACUGUGCCACCACCACCUUCCAUCUCUGAAUUCCCUAGCCCACCUUCCAACUUUACUGCACCGCUUCCUCAAACACCUCAGUCGCCCAAAGCUGAUACAACAAGCGAUGCAUCGCCUGUAACGCCUGUUAGCAGCAAUAACAACCCACCUGCUGUGGUAGUCCAACAACCAGCGGCAGUACCAGCAACACCAGCAGUUGUGGUUUCUCAAACCUCCACACCAUUAGGUCCCCAAAAUAUUACUUCAGCACAAAAGUAUGCCAAAUGGGCCAUCAGCGCGUUAGAGUAUGAAGACAUUGUCAAUGCUCGAGUGCAGUUGUUGGCUGCAUUGAAUGAAAUUGGUUUUAACCAAGAGAACAACUUUGGCUUUUAA